AUGGAACUGGACGAAAAUUCCACGGAAGAAAAAGAUUCCGACUCAGAUUUAAAGGAAGAGGAUCUUCAUGACGAAUGGCAGGAAAUAAACGAAGGAGAUGCAGCCACGAGUGAAUGUUGGGAAGAGGAAGAAUUAUUAAUUGAUGACAUCGACUGCGACGACCCUGUUUCACUAUACAAGUUAUUCGUCAUAGAUUAUAUACUAGCUAUAAUCAUCGAGGGAACAAAUAAAUACGCUACACAAUGUAUGAAUAACUCAGCACCUAGCAGCAGAGGGCACCAACAGGCCUGGACACCUGUUACAAAAGAGGAGAUGAACACGUUUAUUGGCAUUUUGCUUAUCAUGAGUAUAGUACGGCUACCCGAAAUAAAUUCAAUAUUGAAAUACUUACAUUUUUCCGAUAAUUCCAUCAUUACAACUGAGAACCGUUUAUAUAAACUCCGAAAUAUUGUUGAUGCAAUUUAUUUUAUUUAA